UCAGGCCACUUAGUUGGAUUGUACCAUAAUGCACCGCGGUCCAAAGACGGAAUGUGAUUGGCUGUUAAAAAUUCGCUGCAGGAAGUGAUAUUACAUUCGCCGACUGAAAAUCUUCGUCCUCCACUUUCAACGCCCUUGUAUCUGGCAGCAUGGCUGGCAGGAGAGUUGUGGUGUUCCCCUCCUUAGCAGAGCUGGGUCCAGCACUGGCCCACCUGGUGACCUCUCGGGCUGAGAGGGCCAUCACCUCCAGGGGCAGGUUCACCCUGGGUCUCUCGGGAGGAAGCCUGGUGACCACGCUCAGCAAAGAACUGCUGGCCACGGCGGGCCUGGACUGCAGCAAGUGGUUGGUGGGGUUCUGUGAUGAACGAGUGGUACCUUUUGACAACCCCGAAAGCACAUAUGGGCUCUAUAAGAAUCUUUUAUUUUCCAAGAUUAAUAUCCCGGAAGAUGGAAUUUUGUCCAUUGACUCCUCCCUACCAGUGAACGAGUGUGCUGAAGAUUAUGCUCGCACACUACAAAAGGCCUUCCCUGAUGGUGACGUGCCCGUGUUUGAUCUGCUUCUUCUGGGUAUGGGGCCCGAUGGACACAUCUGCUCUCUCUUCCCAAACCACCCCCUUCUAGAGGAGAGUGAAAAAAUCGUGGCUCCUAUCAGCGACUCUCCCAAACCACCGCCACAGCGCGUGACCAUGACAUUGCCGGUGUUGAAUGCAGCACGCUGCGCUGCGUUUGUGUCCACAGGAGGCAGCAAAGCAUCAGUUUUAAAGGAGGUACUGGAGGGAGGAGAAGGUCCAACGUUCCCAGCAGUACGCGUCUCCCCGACUAACGGCGAGCUGUUCUGGCUCAUCGACGAGCCCGCCGCUGCGUCCUUGACUAUGCAGGUGGAGAAGCCGGGCCAUGGCACCAAACUCUAGAACAGGGUUGUCAAACUCAUGGAGGAAAAUCUGUUCCCACGCGGGCCCGACGGGUAAAAUCACGGCAUAAUUACUUUAAAAAUACAACUUCACAUUGUUUUUUUUUUCUUUUACUUCAUCCCAAAAUAGAACAAGGACAUUCUGGAAAUGUACACAUGACAAAUAAUCCUCUUGACAAAGCACUUCAAGUUAGUCAAAAAUUCUGAGGGAAAAAAUUGGUGCAGUUUCAAAAACAGCAUGAAGAACACAAUGAAAUUAGACUUCAUCUCAGUGUUUCUACAAACCAAUUACACUUUAAGUCACAGCCCAUUUUUGACUGAGAAAAACAAAAUGAAGCAGAAAUAAAAACGCUUCUAUGUAUCAACUACCUAAUUUGUCAUUUCCAUUGUGGACUUUCUUUAAAUUUGCAAAGAAUACAAUAAUUUUCACAGAACUAUAUCAAUGUGCUGUCUCAUGCAGCAUUUUAAAGGGGGUUACUAAUUGUCAGAGGUGGGUAGUAAUGUGCUACAUUCACUAUGUUACAUCUACUUGAGUAACUUUUGGGAUAAAUUGUACUUCUAAGAGUAGUUUUAAUGCAACUUACUUUUACUUGAGUAUAUUUGUAGAGAAGAAACGCUACUUUUAUUCUGCUCCAUUUAUCUACAUUCAGCUCGCUACUCGCUACUGGUUUUUAUCGAUCUGUUAAUGCACGCUUUGUUUGUUUUGGUUUAUCAGACAGACCUUCAAAGUAGGAUCCAUCGCAUGCCUGCGUUUCACCAAUCAAAUACAGUCACUGGGGACGUUUGACUCCGUUUCACCAAUCAAACAGAGCCAGGCGGUCACAUGAUUAACUGAACAUAAAGUUUCAGCGGCAAACAACAAGCUUAAGCUUUCCUCAACGUCAAAUUUGAGGAAGCACAUCGCGGUAACGUUAGUAGAUAUUUUGGCUGUCACCUUAGGCUGAUGUUAGCUUCCCUGCUAUGAAUCACUGUCAAUUGUACAUCGUGUGGGGACAUUUAUUAAUGUACUGCAGCCUCAUAGACACACACGCAUUCAUAGAAACACCAAUCAGUGUGUUCCCAGGUGCAGCCCACACCUAUCAGUUUAUGGUUUGCGUAAAGGCUAACUUGUUAUUUUCCUUUGUAAUCUCUGCCUACUGAGCCUAUGGUGCUGUUAAAUUAUUGCAGCUCAAUUUGCCGUAAUUUUUUUAUGUUAAUGUAUAAUUAUUUAAUAUAUAUUAUUGUUUUAGUUGCUUAAGAGAUAUUCCUGGCUCUGAAUUUGCUCAUUGCUAUUUUUAUGUUUUUGUGCAUUAUUUGUUGCCGUCAUCGUUAAACAAACAGGUUACUCAUCAGUUACUCAGUACUUGAGUAGUUUUUUUCACAACAUACUUCUUACUUUUACUCAAGUAAAUAUUUGGGUGACUACUCCUUACUUUUACUUGAGUAAUAAAUCUCUAAAGUAACACUACUCUUACUUCAGUACAAUUUCUGGCUACUCUACCCACCUCUGCUAAUUGUUUAUUUUACUCCUGUUUGUUUUACAUUUGCUUGCCUAAUAUAAUUGCUAUUGGGACAUCCAGUGGACACAUUUAGAACAGCAGUUUCUUUAAUUUAAAACUGCAGCUUAAUUUUACACUAGGAAAACUCAUCUCACGGGCCAGAUUGAACCUGUCCGGGCCGCAUGUUUGACAUCCCUGCUCUAGAACAUUCCAAGCACAUAUGAAGAAGAUAUUUUGUGCACUUCUUUUUUGUUAUUCCUAGACAAAAUAGAGACUGACUAAAGAUGCUGAUAGAUGACUGAAAAGGUGUUUGUCGAAUGUAUAAUAUUUAGUUUUAUACCUGCAGUAUGAAGACACAAACAAUAGAAGAACCAAUAAAACUACAUAUCUCAUUCCUGA